CUGAGCAUGCUCAGUGGUGCGACGCUUAACCGUUCGUGCGAGCGAUCGGGGGAAAAUGGCGUGUAGAGAAUUUUGACAUGACAUCGAAAUCUGCGACUUUGCCAGUUCUCUUGCGUAGCAACAACUGGCGAGAAUGGAAUAUGAGAAGAUGGACGAUGAUAGAAAAGAGGGGGCUUCACUCUAUGAUGUUCUUGGAGUUGACAAAACUGCCACGCAAGAGGAAAUUAAGAAAGCCUAUAGGAAGAUGGCACUGAAGCACCAUCCCGAUAAAAAUCCUGAUAAUCCUGAAGCGACAGAAAAAUUUAAAGAAGUCAAUCAUGCACAUAGUAUAUUAGCUGAUCCCAGUAAAAGGGAAAUUUAUGACAAAUAUGGCUCUAUGGGUCUCUAUAUAGCUGAACAAUUUGGAGAAGAGAAUGUCAAAUUGUACUUCAGGCUCAACAGUGGCUGGUGUAAGGCGCUGUUCAUGUUCUGCGGCAUCAUAACGUGCUGUUACUUCUGCUGUUGCUGCUUCUUCUGUUGUAAUUUCUGUUGUGGAAAGUGCAAACCAGUUCCGGACGAGCAGUGGGAGGAUUUCGAAUUUGACGACGUUAAGGACGAAGAGGAUCCGAUAACGAAGCAGCCCGGCAGUAAUGGAAACGACACAAGCAGCGAGAAACUCCCCAAGUCACCCGGUCUUGACAGCGCGGCUAGCAGCAAUACGGCGAAUACCGCUAUUCCCAUGCCCUCGUCGUGAAUGACGGAGUAUUAGUGUUCAAGGGGAGUUGGGUGGGUAGGGAAUUUUUGUUGCUGGCGGCCAUGUUGGAUUUUUGAAGGCUGGUAGAAUGUAGGUAACAUGUUCUUGAUGAUGUCGAGGAGGGUUAAAGAUAUAAAAUGUUCUUUAGAUCAGAAGUUUAAAUUGUUACAAAGGAUGUGCACAAGCCUCUGAGGUUUUAAGCGAACAGCUCUGAAUUGACUUGCUUGCGGGAGUGGAAGACGUUCUUUAAUCAUUCAAUAUGGCUGCCAGCACGCAUCGGUUGCAUGAAUUAUUAGCUUAACUUUCUUUGUUCAUGGAAAGGAAGUGCACUUUUGUGAAGUUUUGUCUUGUCCUGUUGAAUCCUCGUUAUGAUAAUUUAACAUAUUGUUAAGGGUAGUUCAAGUUAUUUCUAUUUUUACGUCGAAAUACUUGUUGUAAAGUGUUUUUUUUUUUUCUUCUCAACCGAUAAUGACCUUAUUUAACCAGAUAAAUGAGUUUGAAUUGUUCACGGAGUAAUGACGGGUGGAAUGACCAAGUUUGAAAGUUUAGCGUGGAGGUGGAGGUAAUCUAACUUGACGUCAGUGUGUAACGAACGUCAGCUUCAAGACAAAUCGUGUGGCUGUAGUAGCAUCUCAAGGUUGCUUUUUAUCAGUUAUUAUGAGGAAAUGAAUUUCUUUCCAAUUACAGACGCGUGCUAUAUUCGUUCUUUUUUGUUUUCUCGUUUCGUUUUUUUCCUAUUUCAUAAAUAAAUAGGUCAUAAUCGGCGGUGUCUUGUGGUGGCCCCUUAAAUGGAUGUCAAAUUUCAUCAGGACUAAGCGAUGUACUAUUUUUUCAGUCUGUACUUUAAAAACCUUAAUGGGUCGAUAUGAUGCAUGACGAUUUACUUCUGCAAAUUGCGAGGGAACUUUUUUGGUAGCGGUUUAUUUCCCAAAUAUGUCGCUGGUGACUGUUUGCUAUAUCAUUUUCAGUAACAGUAGUGUAGUUUUUUCAGGCCAUUUUCGUUGAAUAAUAGGUAAUAUCUACCUUUACUGAAACAAAUAACUGUAUUAAGUUAUAUCAGAUAUGAAAUCGAUAUUUUUUUGGUUAAAAUUACAAAGGAGUAUUUUAGUUAGGCGUGUACUGAUACACGGAAGAAUCUUUGGUUCUUGCGAUACACAGUCCUCUUUAAGGUGACUACUCAUCUUUAGCUUAAUUAUGAUACCUGGAAGUUGAAUGUCCGAAUCUAGCAGCUAUUGCUUUCCUCUCAGUUUUCUUGCUCUAUUGAGACUUGUUUCGAAUAAGAUCUUGCCUUUCUGUAUAAUAGAAACCCGAGAAAAGUACAGCGAUCGAAUUACUCAAGAGCAUUACUUGCAUACUGUGUCUAAUGUGGGCUAUGCAACUCAACGCUUCCUUCCAUUCUGUGAUGUAGCGUGACACGGAGUGAAAACCUUUUUAUUCCUUUAUUUAUCCUAUGUGUCUGCAUUUUUUUCUGAAAUGUUGUAUAUGGUUUAACGUUACCGUAACUGUAAAUCUUUCGUUCUGCCUCAACUUUCCAAAAUAUUUACCUUUACUUUUGUAAUCUGUGUUAGUUUCAACGAGACAAGAUCUCAAAGAGGAUUUUUUUUUUCCACAGGCGAACAUUAUAUGUAUCGAUAUGUUUCAAGUUGUCAAUUAAGAAAUUGCAUUUAGGCUGUAUAAUAAGUUACUACAGUAACUGUAAUGAAGAAUUUCGCAAAUAAAGGUGCGAAAAUUUA